AUGGAGAAUGAUUUCUAUGAUUCAACGGGACGUCCUUGGAAAGAAGCAAACUUUGAUCUUAAGUAUUUCUGGGCAGUGUUCGUUGCGCUGACAGCGCUAGCUACAACGUUUGCAAACGCGUUGGUUCUUCUUGCUGUAUGGAAAGAUCCUAAUAAGAAUUUGCAAAGAUCUCCGUCUAAUUUACUUAUCGCGAGUCAAGCGAUAGCUGAUUUCUUUGUAGGUUUGGUACAAGAGCCCUUGGGUGCCUGGUGGAUUUUAACGUUUUCUUCCAUAGCUGUUCACGCAAUCGAAGCCGUGAGUUCUCUGUUUUUAGUUUCUUCCGUUUUACACGCUGUGGCAUUGUCCUUCGAUCGAUACGUGGCUGUAGCGAGACCAUUACAGCAUAACUUUACUAUUACGAAGAGACGAGUCUUUCUAUGGAUUCUGGUUAUCUGGAUAAGCAGCAUCGUCUACAUGUCGUAUCGGACGAUCCUGAGAGAGCUCAACUACUCGAUCACGCUGAUUAAUAUCAUAUCUGGGGCUCACACUGUGCUUCCGUCAGUUAUCAGCGUCUUGUUCUAUAUUCGCCUUUACUGCAUGUUAAAAAAUCUUCGUAAGGGGGCAAGAGACCUUGACGAAUCAGGGAAAAUGGUCAUCAAUGCGUACCAAAGAGAACGCAAUAUGACAAAGGCCAUGGUGGUUGCACUGUGUUUGUUUUUAUUCUGUCUGACUCCCUGGUUUGUGUUCUACCAAGUCAUUGGUGCAUGUCCCACGUGCGAGGAACACGAAUCUUAUCAAAUGUACUUAUUUGCAAUAUUUUAUUACAUCUUUACCAUGAAAUCUUUGCUGAAUCCAUUCUUGUACGCGUGGCGCCUCCCAAAAUACAAAGCGGUCUUCAAAACUCUGUUAAAAACGGGAAGAAAUAACCAUCGACGAAUCGAAGUGAUAAACUUAUCGGAAACAAGCUGAGAUGUAAAUAUGCUCCACAAAUGAGACCCCACGCUGAAAAACAACUUCAGCACAGGAAGGCUUUUAGUUGACGAGGCAAAAAUCGUUUCCCAAACGAGGAAAAUAAAAACGUUUCCGUUGAUUUAGCAAAAACAUAUUUUUAAGCAGCUCAAUAUAUGGUAUGAUUCAGACUUGCUUCAGUUCAAGGAGAUACUAAGAUAUUAAUUUACAAAGUUUUAUUCUGUACUUUUGAAGUGUGCUAACAAGCUCAAAAGCAGUCAGCAAUGAAGUGAAAUGUUAAUAAUGCGAUAUCUAUUGCAUAUUUCAUAAAGUUCAAUGGUAGUGGGGAAAAUUCUGUCAGUUAACUAAUUGAUUCAGCUAUAAAUGUCGAGAAAUACCCAGUAAUUAUUCAACGAAGUAGAGGUGAAUAGUGCCAGGUUUUAAUUAUUAAGCGGCAGAGCGGCGAGGCAAAUAUCCACCACUUUCACCGACACUAGGGUAAAAAUUUUUUUAGUAUUCGGCUGCUUUGAAAGGAAUAGUGUUAAUCACUUCGGAACAAGCCAAUCAACAUGUUAGAUAAGUACUAUUCGCCUGUGAAGUAUACACUAAAGCACUUAUAGCUGUUCAGAACGUUUUAAGUCGCUCGAAGAAUUUUUUGGUGUCAAGCAACAAUUCACUUGUGGAACGUUAGAAACAUUAUGAUUAGGGUUCAUAAUAAAACUGGAGAAGCAUGCGAUCCAUAAAGCGUACAUUUUGUUAUUGCAAGUUUCCCAUGAUAAAAUUUUUCGCCCUUAACCGCCCUUAUUGACAACUAAAUGACGAAUGUUAUGAUAACGCACAGGUUAAGGAUGUUUGAACAUUCUGUUGUGUUUUAUGCUCUAAAAUCAAAUUUACAUUUAAAUCAUUUUCCACCCCUAGAGCUCUAAAAUCAACUUUAAAUUCAAAUCAUUUGCUACCCCUGGCGGAGGAAAUGUCACAAUAUAUACUUCCAUUUCCAAAUGGGUAUAGAAUAUUGAUUCAUAUUAAGGGAUGUAAGGUCGUUUUGCGAAUUUCACUGUCAUUAGCCCUCUUUGAAGGUAACCAAGUUGAUCUGUCUUUUGCAUUAUUGGCUCAAUGUACGGAUCAUUGUUGCAAGUCUGCGAAGAACUAGCUCACAUUUCAUUUUGUUUUUACUGUAUGUUAACUAUUUGUUAAAUUGAUCAAAAUUAUGAAUUGAAAGGGUAUGAAAUAAAUAGAACACUAAUGAGGACGCGACCGAGGGAAGAUUUUUCAAUUUUUUUUUCUUUUAUUCAAAAUUAAAGAAAAAAAAUAGCAUAUAUAACUUUCUGACUACCUUGCUUAAAUUGCAUUUAUUCAAAUUGAGUAUGAUACAUUAAGUAAAUUCUUCCUUUGCAAUUUAACUAGGGAUGUUAAGAUAUUCUUUUGAUAUCCGUUCAUGCACACAAUAACUUCCCGAACUAAGUUUCUCGAAAGAGGAAGGCAAAUUGAUAACAUAUUCCUACAACUCCAUCCAACUACUUGAGACUCAUUUGUAAUUCAUACAUAACGAAAUAUUUACUUGAAAAAAAAAAAAAUUUUCUGACAGUAGUUAUUUCCUCCGUGCUUCGUGCAGAGCUUUCAAUUAAUUUUUGAUCUGAAAACUUCCCCCUCAGUCGUAGGGGGCAGAAACGCAGGAAAACAAAGGGGAAUGCCGACAAGACAACCCAAAACAGCUGGGUGUUAUUAAUUUGAACUAUGACAUCCUGUCACUUUAUGCCCUAAACCGCGCAGACGUGAUAAGAAAUGCAUUUAGACGCAAAAUUACCAGCGGUUCGCAGUUGCCUCAAUACGUUUCUGCUUUUUACGUUUAAAGCCUUCUUCAUUUGACUCUCUGACUGAAAGUGCUGCCUAAAAUGUACCAGCGUAUCUUCAAGAUACUCCUUCUUAUUUUGUCUCUUGUGGGUAAGUAGCGUAUUCAACUCAUAGACCACUUUCCCUUCGAAUUUCAAAUUUUUCCUGAGAGUGUUCCAUGUUAGAUAAAGCGAGACACAAAUCAAAUCUUAGUGCUCGCGGUAUGACGUUAAACUUGCCUCAGCCCUUUGCGAACGGGAAAAUAUAUGAAUGCAGCUGAAGCAUAAAUCCCAGCAGAAAUGAUUUUUAAACUACAUAAACUUGUUGCAAGAUUUUCAAGAAAGAAUAUCGGAUUUUACUCGAGCGUCGCUUCCAUCGCGUGACUCAAUAUCGUCCUUCGACUCUCUACAAUCUGCAUUUCUUAUCAACAUAAUUCUGCGAUUAUUGAUUCUUUAAUCCCAAAACCUCCUUUCGCAACACCAAGUUUAAAUCGAACAAAAUCUGCGAGGUUUGAUGAUGAUGAUGACAAUGAAAUUUAGACCAAGUCAAGGUAGCAAGUUGACUUUUAUUUUUUUGUUGUGUUCUGGCGGUAGGAAAACAAGAAAACCUCUAUUCCAGUGUCUUUGAAUAAUUUGAAUAACUUGCAGAUCGUGAAAUGUUACACCUGUCACUGGAUCUUUAAGUGUUGGUAAAAUUUGCAUUCUGUUUUUCUAAUGACGUCAUCGAGGUGCAUUUCUCAAAUGUAGAAGAACAUUUUGAAAAUGAUCCGACGUCCAAUUUUUUUUUCCUGUCUUUUUUUUUUCUGUUUCUCCAACAAAGUGUUUUGGUAAACCUUAAUGCAGUGAAAUGAAAAGCAAUAUAAAACCAGCCUAAAAAACAAAUUAGAAGACGAAAGGGAAUGUAGCCAUUACUCAGCAGAAAUCAAUUUACCAAACACCAAAAUUUUUGUUUUUCAUCUCAGAUAAUAUUUUGAAAGAGAUCGAAUUAAAAAAGGUUAUAUCUUCGCACAGUUUUAUACAAUGAUAGCGGUAUCUGACAAAGACCAUAAGAACAGGAUCAGGACUUUCAGGACUUACUAUACAGUAUGUUAAAUGUCUUAUAUUCAGUAAGGCACUAUUUUGAAUUUCAGGAUUCUAUCAAUUAACCCUAAAGGGAUAAUGGCCUGGCAUUUAUUUUUUCGCUUUUUCUAUUUAUUUCCUUUUUUUCCUAGAUCUAUAGCUGCGCAAACAAUUUUUAAGCAUUUUAAAAUAUCUUUGAUACUUUUGUUUCAUUCCGAACAAAAACAAAAACUUUUUUGGGUUAAUUUAUCGCAGAUUAGAAGCCGAGCUAUAAAAGCUAAAUUAUAUCAAAAACAGAAAAGAAAGUGUUAGAAAAUAAGUCAAAAGUAAAGAAACGACACGCGAAAAAAAGAGGAGAUAUGAACCACGAUAUAGUGAUCUGUUUUGUUGUAUUACACCUUUAAGUGGCUCCGUUUUUGGCGGUCCAGUUGAGAGUUUAUCAAAUUAAAUAUUUAUUUCCUUUUCCGUAGUUUUCCAAUUUUACAAAUUCAAUGUAUGAAGACUUUAGUAGAAAGUAAAAACUGGUUUUUAAGCCGCAGACGGACACUGACACUGACACUGAUAUAUUAAAUAAAUAUGUAUCUUGUUUUCUCGUCAAAAAGGGGCUCUUUUUGACGAGAAGAGAAAAGGAAUAUAUAUUUGAUGAAUAUUUUCAAAUUUGCAGUGUUUUAGAAAACAGGUGAACUCAUAUAUAUCAGCAAUCGAUAAAAUGGAACAUCUCACUUUCCAUAAAAAGAAAAUUAAAAUAAGGAAACUAGAGCAAUUGGUUUCAUCUUUUUAUUUCCAGUAAGGGCUUCUGAUAAACUCCUCCUUAAGCUUUUUCUUGCUCAGUCCGAAUGAAUCAGUCAAACUUUUCAAAAAAUGUGCGAAGUCACUGUUAGGCAAAAAACACUUUUUCCUAUGGUGCCCGUCGCUCGUACUCUUAAAUUACAACGAAUUAGCUCUUCGUAGGCAGAAAUUUUUUCUCGAGCAAAUGAAUAAUUUUGUUUCUCUUUAUUUACAGCGCUCUUUUCCUUCAAACCUGUGCUGUGCGUCUUUCAGUGCAGUAUUUCUCUUGGUGAUAAGAACCUUACAAGAUCUCCUAUUACUGCGGUAGCAGUUUUGAACUGUACAAUUAGUGGCCGUUCUGCAAACGCUUUCAACUGGACAAUUGAUGGGAAACAAGUCAAAAAGGAGCAUAUACUACUGGAUCCAAAGGAGAAUAAGAAAUGGUCCGCUGUUGUUCUCGAAAAUAUGACCAAAGAAGCAGAGAAAUUUGAGUGCAAAGCGAAACGUGGCGAGGAAAUGGCUUCGUGUUUUGUUUAUCCUGGUAAGGCAUUGUGUUCUAAGCAAUUCAAGCUCUAAAAAUUCCUUUUAAUUUACACUUACUCCAUACUUUCAUAUUCUUUAAUAUACAUCCGGAAAGUUCCAAAUAACACCAAAUGAAGAGUUCCUCUAAUUUGUAUGCAAAUGAAGGGGGGAGGUUUUCCGCCCAAGGACACGCACAUUUAAUUUUUUUUUUCCUCCUCAUAAAAAACUAAGCUGAACAAGUAUGAUCCUUUCCUGAACGGAUUAGAUCCAAUUUUUCACAAGACUACGACCUCUGAUAAAAGCUGGACCCUAUUCAUUUUGGCGACAAAUAAUUGAAAGAGGUAUCGAAAUUUUCGGGAAAAGUAUUGUACCCGUUAAAUAAUGGUGUAAAUUUGAAAGAAAAUACCAACCUACAAACAAUAUUUCUCGUCACUCAUUAUAAGCUUCGUUGCAUGCUCUUUAUGGGGCAUAGAAAAUUAUAGCGUGAUUUUCAAAUUAUUUCUACCAAAAAACCGUUUGAAAAUCAGAAGGGGAGACACGUGUAAAGCAACUGAAAUUUUUUAAAUUUCAACUUAUUCCUCAAACGCCAGUUGCCCUUAACUUAUUUAAUUAACCACUGCUAAUUUAUGCCUGAUGAAAUGGCGAAGAAAGCACAAAAGUUUUAUUGCAAAUUUGUUAAAAUGUUAAAAGGCUCCUGAAAAAUUGGUCUUUUUUAAUCGAAAAAGUGGUCGAUAUUUUAUCGAUGAAAAGAAAUGGGAAUUCUAAAACAAGAAAUAAGUGUCAAAAAUAUAAUACUGUUUCUGCCAUCCUCUUGAACAAUCUGAAGAGUUGAAAAGCGCCUUUAGCGAUGAAAAAUAAGAUAAAACUGCCUUUUCCUCCCUGGAUUGAGAGUCGCUUUUAUGAGUAGAGCUCUCAAAGUUCAACAGCCUCUAACACCUCAAUAUGACUCUGGCUGUCUCCGCGAUUGUGACUCAGAAAAGCACCCGUACCGAAUUUUAUUUUAAAAUUUUGGUAAUACUUGUGAGGCGUGGGUGAAGACUACGGAAGAAAGGUUUUUACGAAUUAUAUUUUUAUAGAUGACAGUUAAUAAUGAAAAUGGGUUAAGAACCUACAAGAGCCAUUCAGAGGAAAUAGCCGCUGAAAUUUUCCAGUCUCUCCGGCGCGUCUUUAAAAUUGUUUUUCUUUCCGCUGAUAUUAUUCUGUUUUGCGUCGAAAAAAAGCAAAACAUCACUUACAGCCGAAAGGAAAGUAGCCUAUUAAACUGACGUUACAUCAAAGCAUCCUUUUUUAUUUUCAAAAUUCAUUUAUUAAUUCAAUCAUGUAUUUUUCUGACAACUGUCCAUUUAUCCAUCCUUCCAUUCAUUACUCAUCCAUUUUUUCAUUCAAAUUUUCGUUAUUCCCGCUCGCUGGAAUUCAUCCAUGCAUCCAUUGAUAUAUCCAUCUGGCCCCAGUUGUUCAAAGCUGGGUUAAGGUACCCUAGGGUUAGUGUGAAAUUUGAUUUCAGGUCUGAAAACUUUGAGAGAAAAUUCAGUUCAAAUAUUUUUGCUUGCAAUUUGAUCAUUGGAUGUUCUAAAAAGAAUAGUGAAAAUUUUCCCAAAAAGACUUUUGAACAAAGAAAUAAAGAAACCUGGAUUAAAAUUUAACCCUGGGUUAGGGCUAAUCGGCCUUUGAACAACUGGGCCCUGUUCCUUACUUCGUUCUUUCGUUCAAUCAUUCGUUUAUUCCCUAAUUAAAUUAUUUAUGUAUUCUCCACUUAUUCAGUCAUUUAAUCCUUCAUUUAUUUGUUUUCUUAAUGGAUAUUUUGUGAAGUGAUAUUUUUUCACUUUUUUUCACAUUUCCUUUAGAUUUGUUUUUCAUAUUUCAUUUUUAUAGUUGUUUUUGUCAUUCCACAUUGCUUUUGGCGAAACAGAUCACUCUCCCGAUGCUUCUUCCCACUCAGGUGUAUAAACAGAUUACAAUCUCAUUCAACACAUACAGCAAAAGUCUUUAUUGCUUCAGAACUCAGAAGGUGGUAUGAGUAAUGGCAAGUGGGUCACUUUCCUCAUAUACCCUCUUACCAAUUUUAUAAAAUAUUAUGCCCUAUAGCCAAACCAAAUGUGCAAACGUCUGAUGCGGCUGUCAGAAUAGUUGACUAUGGCAAUACACCUGAAUUAGAAUGCAGAGCUAAUGGAUGGCCGGUUCCUCGUGUUUCCUGGUGGCUGGAUGGUUCCGAGAUUCAACAUUUUGACGACGACUACACGUACAUAUUACGUCGAUAUGGUGAGAACAUACUCUUCAUGAAAAUAAUAUCAGUGACAAAGAAAUAUCAGCAUGCGAAAUUUACGUGUCGUGCUGAUAACGUGUUUGGUACGUCCGAGAGGAGCGUGGAAAUCCAAGUGAGACGUGAGUAAAUGACAACUUUUUAUUUUACAUCAUUCGGGUUUUUGUUAUCUUCUUUCAAAAAUUUUGUGAUAGCAAAAUAUUAUGACUAAAAAUUCUUUGAUAGCAAAAAGAAAAAAAAACAUAGAGAAAAGUUUGUCAAGAAAUCUCGGGGUGGGUCUUACUUCAUGGUGCUGACGUUAAUGUACAGAAAUGAGAAAAUAUUACGUUUAGCUGAGGGAAGUGUAAGACCAAGGAGUUGAAUGCGGCAAUUUCUCACCCCAUUGGUAUUCCUCGAUGCUCAAAAGGGAAUUUAUUAGGGUUAAAAGUUUGUUGUAGUAAUUCAAGUUCUCAUCUCUUCGUAGAACAAAAUAAUUUUCUUUUAUGAGUCCUUGUCAAUAAUUUUUAAGAGAUUAGGAUCUUUCCACUGUUUGCAGGAAGAGCAGGAAUAAAAUUUGCUUUAUUUCCAUCUCUUUUCUAUUUUUUAGGAAUUGAUAUGAUCGAAUACGGUUAUCGUGAAAGGCUUCCCAUUCCAGCAGUGUUAGGAACGAGUACUACUCUUGAGUGCAUCUGCUCGGAGGAAAAAUGUUCAGAGGAUACCACUCAGUUUUAUUGGAAACGUAAUGGAACAAUUGUCAACGAAACACUCAAUAUCAGAUUAUCUCGUGAGGUCUUAAGCAGUGGUUUAAAAAUUGCUUUGAUGAUACUCAACGUGUCACGUGCAGACGAAGGAGAUUUUUUCUGCAAAGUAAGCAACUCCCUGGGAUUUGAAGAGAGGCGAAGAACCCUGAAGAUUCUGGCCAAAGGUUGGUUUUAUGAGAGUUUGUUCGUUGGCAUCUUUUAGGUGAUGAAUCAUGAGCUUUAAAUGGGUCUCUUGUAUUGUAUCAUUGACGACUAAUACUUUAGAAAUUAACAAAAAAAAACUGCCUUUAACCGGGAUUCACAGUCUUUGAACAGGGAAACAGAAAGAUCGGCAGAAACCGACAAACAGACAAACAGACAGACAGACAGACAGGCAGACAGGCAAACGGACAGACAGACAAACAGACAAAUCUGCCUCAAACCAGGAUUCAAAGUCUUUGAGCAGGGAAACAGAGAGAUCGGCAGAAACCGACAAGCAGACAUACAAACGGAAAAACAGAUAAAUCUGCCUCUAACCAGGAUUCAAGGUCUUUGAACAGGGGAACAGAGAGAUCGGCAGAAACUGACAGACAGACAGGCAGACUGACAGGCAGACAAGCAGACAGACAGACAAAUCUGCCUCUAACCAUGAUUCAAGGUCUUUUAACAGGGGAACAGAGAGUCGGAAGAAAAAAAUAGAAAGACAAACAAACAAACAUUCAAACAUUCGAACAGACAAACACACACAGGUAGACAAACAGAAACGAAAAAAAUUGAGCGGCUGAUUCUUUUCUGUCAUUGCUAAAAUUGCAACCGACCAGCAAGGAUUAUUUCUUUGCUUGAUUUUCGUAUGCAUUUUACAUGAAAUUUAUUUCAUUACAAGUAGUUAUCAUUUUCUUAACGGGAAAGAAGAACCCUCUAAAAUCUGCUCUCUCCCGUACAACGUGUGGCUUCGUAGCUCAGUCGGUGAUAGCGCCCGAUUCUUGAGUAUCUGGGAGGCCUGGGUUCGAAUCCCGUCGAAGCCUGGAUUUUGCUCAAGCUUCUUUUCUGCAAUUGUUAAAAUUACAGUCCAACUGUAACAGAAUCAUCUCUUCACUUCAAAAUAGGAAAUGACAGAUAGACAAACAAUCAGUGCAAAAGAUAAAGAGAUAUAUUUAUGCUGGAGGUUUUUUAUGGAACUUGCAACAAGAUUUUAUGGUCAGGACGUCCUAUCUAAAUAUAACCAUUUUAAAACAAGACAUGCUUGGGUAACUUCUCUAUUUAUGAUCGCUCACGGAAGGGAGAGUGGCGUGGUAUAGGAUGACAGCAGAAGCCAAAGUCUAAAAACUUCUCUCCCACGCAUUCGUUAACAAUAUUUUACUCCUCAUUAUCAUUUUGCGUUUGCUGGUGUUGAAUAUAGUGUCACUAGAAUAUAUAGCUACCAAUCACUUUUGGGAGAAGAGGGUGAAAUGGUUCCCUUGAUAAGUUGCACUUACUAUUUUUCCUAUCUUUUCAGAGAAUUUUCGGAUUUCUGCAAAUCCAGCUAAAGCGUUUGUAAAUCAAAGAUCUCCUGUCCGUCUGACCUGCAAAGUUUCAUAUCCAUCAGAGCUACUAGAGCCGGAGACUUUUUGGAUCUUUAACAACACUAGGAUUCACGAAAAGUCCGCACUGCAAUACUACACAAAAUCAUAUGGCCCUCGAGAAGGAACCAACUCAACAAAGAUGGUUUUGUUUCAGCUUCAGAUAUCUAAUGUAAGCGAUCAAUACGUUGGUUGGUAUAUCUGCGCUGCAGAUUUCAAAAUAAUUGUUGUCAAAGCGAGAGUUUCCGUCACCCUCGAAGGAGAAAAAGCCGAUGGUAUGUUUCAAGCAUUAUCUGUUCUUUGUACAUAUGGCAUUUCGUUCAUCAUCUGAACGUCUUCGUUCAUGUUUUAUUCUCGUCAGAUGAAAUUCUGUUGCAAAGUUUUCCUACUAUUAAGGAAAUUACUAUUAACAUUCAAAUAACUAAUUGUGCAGUGAAUUUAAAUAACAACUAUAAUAUUCAAAAAUUUUCAUUCGACAUUUUUAAUUUGGUUCAUGAAAAUACAAAGAGCAGGAUAUAUAGUUAAAACCUCAGUUGAGAAUUCCAUGUGAGCGCUAUCAAGGUGCAUACUCUGUAGUCUACAAAUAAUUGAGGGAUAUCAAACAAAACUGAGACAAUGAAAAGACAUGAUGUUAAUUCAGUUUAAGGUUACACGGCCCUUGUAUCUACUUUCAGUGGGCACUAUAUUUUUUUUCUUGCCAAUCAGUGUUCCUUGUGUUUUCGUUUGUACGUUCAGUUGUUUGUUUGUUUGGUUGGUUACAAUUCAAUUGAUUAAUUUCAAGCUGAGCAUAUUUUAAUCUUUUUAAGACUUAAGAAAAACGAUUCUUUUUUUUCUAGAUAAAAAUGGAAUUGCCGGCGUUGAGUCUAGUGAAAGUCCGCUGGUCGCCAUCAGCUCCAUUACCGCAGGCGGCGUUAUAAUGGGUUUCAUUGCAGCUUUGUUUGCCUACAGACUUUGCAGAAAAAAGCGCAGUGAUGAAGAACCAUUCUUUGGUAUAGUUUUUUUAUACAUAAUUUUUUUUAAUACGACUUGACCCUAAAGCUAAGAUUAAAAAUAAAAUGAGUCUAUUUGAUUGAAUAAGAUUGAUCAUAACAUAGUGGUAAAGCUGUAAUAGCAACAUUUAUGUUUCGAUUCUUGCAGACUACGGGCAGUUCCUCCUUUUCGGUAAAGUCUGUUGCUCAAGAGCAAAAAUAGUCAGCGGAAAAAAAUUGAUGCAAGUGCGCCGCGUGGAAGUCUAGAAAUGAGGCCCAAAAAAACUACGAAAACCUACUAUUCAUACGCCUUGCUCCCAGAGUUCCGCGCGGCUCGCUAAUAUCAUACGAGAGACAGCUCGUGUUCUACGAUUCUCGCACAUUUAGAUUAUUAUUACAUUUAUUACGUUCUCAUACUAAGUUUCAAGUUAUUUUUGAGCCUUUCUCACCGUGAGUUAUGGUCAGUGGAAAAGGCUGAUGUUCAAUUCUUCCAUUAUUUACUUGCGGUCCGUGGCACGAGAGUAGAGUAAACAACAAAACUGGCCUGAAAAUAAUGCGCAGGAGAAAACUCGGAGGGUAAAAGUAUUGUCCUUUAUCUACUCCAGAUCUAAUUCAGAAAAAAAUAUGAAACAAAGUAAGACCAGCUAAGCCAAUGGUCAAAAAUCUUAGUUUCAGAUAUACCUACAAGAUAAAGGGUCGUAACUCGUAUGCUUGGGGUAUGGUCAAUUAAAAGAAGAAAUUUUUACGGUGAUUAAAAAUUUUAACCCUAGUUUACCCUACCCGAUUGUUUCAUUUACCAGAAACUCCAGUCAAUGGCCGCCAGUUUAGGUACGAUGUUUUUGUGACGUUCAGCAGCCAGGACUUAAACUGGGUUAAGAAAGAACUCUUGCCGCUCCUAGAUAAGCAUAAGCUUAAGUACUGUAUCCAUGACAGAGAUUUUCAGGCUGGGAAGCCUGUGGUGGACAACAUGGCAGAGAGCGUGUACACGAGCCGAAAAGUUCUGGCUGUAAUGUCCCAUAACUACAUGUCGAGCAAAUUCUGUCGCGGAGAGCUAGAGAUGGCGCUAUAUCGGAGUACAGAGAUGGGCGACUCUUCUGUUAUUGUGGUGCGUAUCGAUGGUGUUGACCGGAGCAAGCUGCCUAAGGCCCUUCGCAACAGAACCUUUCUGGAUCAUCAUGACUUCACUGAGAGGAAGAACUGGGAAGAGAGGCUGAUAAAGCAUCUCAAGCCACCUCCGCUGGACAAGAACUCGGAGAAAAAAAACUCGGAGAAAACCUAUUCCUUGUUACGUAACGUUAGUGAAGCAUGAAGUAAUGAACAAGGUAUUUUGCCGUUUACAAGACACUCUUUGUAACCAUUAAUUCUUUGAUAGACAUUUUUCGAAAUAAUCUUUUACGGCCACGAUACCUGAAACGACAAGUCACAGCGACGCAACACAUGAACAGGUCGCAUCAAACAAGCGCUGUAUGCCAGGAAAUUGCUUUGCAGAUCUUUAUCCCAGAAAGAUUAUUCUUUUUCCUUGAAGCCCUUCGUUCAAAUUCAACUAGUCUUAAUGGGUGCGAUGAUGGCAGAGCGAAAAUGGAACUUAGUUCAACGUAAUUAAGGCACGAACUUUUUUGAUGUUGUAUUCUGAUCGUCCGAUGACUUCCGUAUAUCUUUAUUCUGGCUGCUUUGAUGUCUAAUUUAUUUUAGACUGUUUAUCCUUGAUUGUUCAGUAUGAAACAAAAAACUUGGAAAUGAGGAUCUGUAGUAUUAAGCAGUUUGACAGUCAUAACUUGAUUACACUCGUUUUCCCAAGUUGCAAGGCCUGUGAUGCAAUUUGUGGAGUAUCAUGGAGUAUGCAGCUUUUAUCUGAGUCUAUCUAAUUACUAUGGGUUUUUUUGUUGUGUCAUGAACGGGUGAAGUUUACGAUAGGAGUGAAGUUAGUUACCAAAUAGAGCAAUUUUUAAUCGAGUGGAAAAAAUAAUCCGGAAUCGCAUCGGUUUUGCCUUCCUUUGCUCUGUAAAAGGUCUAGAUAACUCGGACCACUCUCUUCAGAGUUUCGCUUCGCUAGGCUGCUGAGUCUUUGAGAGAGGAUUAAAAACUGGACCAAAGCUCUAAUGUAGAACCCCGAUGCUAGAUGUCUAAAACAGACAAGUACAAAAUAUCUGCUCCUCCUCUUCCUAUCAGAAGACGAAAAAGACUAUCAUUCAUGUUACGUCUGCGCAGGUCUGGUGGGGGGUUCUUGAAUUUUCUUGGAGCGAAAUAAUAAUAAUUGCUUGGAAAGUUUUCCAUCCACCUGAAAAUAUUUUGAUAUCUUCGCUGAGGUGAUUUGCAAAAUUUCAUUCAAUCUUGAUAAA